GGACUCAAGGGCUAGAAGGGUAAUUGAAAAACACAAAAGCAGCCAUUACUUGCUGUUGUUUUUGGCUUUGCUUGGUUCUUGUAUGAUAAUCUGUGAUGGAGUUUUUACGCCUGCUAUUUCAGGUUAGUUUUAUCGGCAACAUCAACUCUCAGAGUUCAUUAUCAAAAUUGGUAUAUCAGUUUAACUCUUCAGAGAACACAAGAGACUCGGUUGACAAGUAUUUAAUGAAAUAUUUACCAGUUCCUGCAGCAUGUGCCAUCUUGGUUUCCCUUUUCAUGUUGCAACGGUAUGGGACCAACAGAAUCAGCUUCAUCUUUGCUCCAAUUGUCAUUAUAUGGCUCAUGUUUAUCAGUGGCAUGGGUCUGUACAAUAUCAUCUGCUGUCCCAAAAUCCUUAGUGCGAUAUCUCCAACAUACAUGUUUAGGUUUGUUAAGAAAAUAGACAUCACAAGUUGGAAACUUCUAAGCAGCAUUGUCUUAUGCAUAGCGGGUUCAGAGGCAAUGUUUGCCGAUUUAGGUCAUUUUUCAAAGAGAUCCAUCAAGGUCACUUUUGUCUUUUUGAUAUAUCCAGCCCUUGUUUUGUGUUAUGCUGGUCAAGCAGCUUUCGUUUCCCACCACUUAGGAACUUCAGAUGAUGUUGCUCAUCUUAGUGAAUCUCUGCCUUCUAUUGGCCUUCAGCAUAUCUUCACCGUUCUGUCCCUUUUUGCUUCCCUCGUGGGUAGCCAAGCAACCAUUACGGCAAGUUUUUCCAUCAUAAACCAGUGCCAAGCACUUGGUUGUUUCCCCAGAGUAAAAGUCAUCCACACAUCAGAUAAGAUACAUGGACAGGUUUAUAUUCCUGAUUCAAACUGGAUACUCAUGGUCCUUAGCCUGGCAAUCUUGAUUGGUUUCCGUGACAUAUCCGCUCUAGGCAAUGCUACAGGUCUAGCCAUUAUUUGUGGAAUGCUAGUGACAACUUGCCUUAUGUCACUUGUAAUAGCACUACAGUGGGAGAAGACUCUGUUUCUGUCUGCAUUCUUUUUGUUAUUCUUCGGUUCCAUUGAGGCCGUAUACCUUUCCUCAUGUUUCUUGAACUUUUUCAAGGGAGCUUGGUGCCUUCUUGUUUUAUCAUCAAUUUUCAUGAUAAUCAUGAUCUCUUGGCACUAUGGUACUGUAAAAAAGUAUAAAUUUGACGUAGAGAACAAGGUGGCGGUCGAUUGGCUGACAGACCUUAGCCCUGGCCUUGGAGUUUCUAGAGUGCCAGGCAUUGGGUUCAUUUAUACCGAUAUUGUAGCAGGAAUCCCUGCUUUCUUCUCCCACUUCAUUACCAACCUUCCUGCAUUUCAUGAGGUGCUGAUCUUUGUGUCCUUCAAGUCUGUGCCAGUGCCACAUGUUUCCCAAAAUGGACGAUAUCUCAUUGGCAGGAUCGGCCAUAAGGAAUAUAAAAUCUAUCGUUGCAUUGUUCGAUAUGGAUAUUGUGACAAUGUAAGGGAUACUGAUGAUUUCGAGGAUCAGAUUAUUAGCUCAAUAGGCGAAUUCAUUGCCCGAGAGGAUGGAGAUCAUGAAACAUUCACUUCACCAGAGGGCAGGAUGAUCCUUUUGGGAAGCCAAGUAACUGAAGGGAAUGUACUGAUUGCAGUGCCUGCAGGAUCUGAACACUGUGAAACUGCUGUAUCUGUGGCAGAUAUUGAAACUCAAAGAAGCCCAUUGCUCGAUCCAUCACCAGCAGCCAGUGCGAAAAAGAAGAAAGUUCGAUUCAUGUUGCCUCCAAGUAGUCCUAAAAUGAAUCCAUCGCUAAGGAAAGAACUCCAAGAACUUGUUGAUGCCAGGGAAAGUGGCACUGCUUAUUUCAUUGGCCAAUCACAUUUAACAGUUCGCAAGGGCUCGAAUUAUAUGAAACAAUUUCUUGUCAUGGCGUAUGUAUUUCUGGACAAGAACUGCCGAGAGCAUCCAGUUGCAUUGAAUAUCCCUCAUGCUGCUCUUUUGGAGGUUGGCAUGGUGUAUACAAUAUGAUUUGCAAUUCAUAAAAUACCCAAUUGUAUAACAAGAAAGUUCAACUUGAUGAUUGAAUCUCAUAUGAAAUUAGGCGAAAAAUAUCAUUUGGUAGGCAACUAAACGUUAAUAACGAUAGGUAAACAAACGUUGCAGGUACAGGUAUUGCUGAGGGGCUUGUUACUGAUCUUCCAACUUUUGAGGUGGCUUCUAAUAUUAUCACCUUAAACAA